UCUGCUCUGUGCUCUCUCCCAGUUCGUGAAUCAUAUUAGCACAAAGUUUGCUUCUUUAUCUACGACGACACUGCAGCAUUUGACCGCCGAGUAGCUGCAAUGGUGUUUAAAGUGACUGUCAACAAUGCCUGGAGGGCAACGAGGACGCUGUGGCUGUUCGUGCUAGUGAGUCUGUCCGUGAGCAUCUGUGUUUGCAGAGCAUCUACACCGCAGGAGGAGGACAGUGCCAUGGAGAACAUCGUUACGGAGAAAAAGGCUGAGGAGAGCCACAGGCAGGACAGCGCGGACCUGCUCAUCUUCAUCAUGCUGCUCACCCUCACCAUCCUCACCAUCUGGCUGUUCAAACAUCGGCGAUUCAGGUUCCUGCACGAAACCGGACUGGCGAUGAUUUAUGGCGUACUUGUUGGCGUGGUCUUGCGUUAUGGCAUCCACGUUCCUCGGGACAUUAGCAACGUCACCAUGAGCUGCCAUGUUAAUGCCAGUCCCGCCACUCUUCUGAUCAAUGUCAGUGGCAAAUUCUACGAGUACACUCUGAAAGGAGAGAUCGGUGCCAACGAGGUGAACGACGUGCAAGAUAACGAGAUGCUGCGAAAGGUGACCUUUGACCCUGAAGUGUUCUUCAAUAUUCUCCUACCACCUAUCAUCUUCCACGCUGGCUACAGCUUGAAAAGGAGACACUUUUUCCGUAACAUGGGAUCCAUCCUGGCUUAUGCCUUCAUGGGGACAGUUGUCUCCUGUUUUGUUAUUGGGUUGCUGAUGUACGGCUGUGUGGUGCUAAUGAAGCAGGUGGGACAGCUGGCUGAAGACUUCUUCUUCACUGAUUGCCUGUUCUUUGGAGCCAUUGUCUCUGCCACCGACCCUGUGACGGUACUGGCUAUCUUCAACGAGCUGCAGGUUGAUGUGGAUCUGUACGCUCUGCUGUUUGGAGAGAGUGUGCUCAACGAUGCAGUGGCCGUAGUUCUGUCCUCGUCUAUAGUAGCUUACCAGCCACAAGGGGACAACAGUCACACGUUUGAGGUCAUGGCGAUGCUGAAGUCUUUUGGGAUGUUCCUCGGAGUCUUCAGCGGCUCCUUUGCUCUGGGAGUGGCCACCGGGAUCGUCACUGCUCUAGUGACUAAGUUCACCAAGCUGAGGGAUUUCCCGCUGUUGGAGACGGCUCUGUUCUUCCUCAUGUCAUGGAGCACAUUCCUGCUGGCUGAGGCCUGUGGCUUCACAGGCGUGGUUGCUGUGCUGUUCUGUGGCAUCACUCAGGCUCAUUACACCUUCAACAAUCUGUCCCCUGAUUCCCAGGACAGGACCAAACAGCUGUUUGAGGUGCUAAAUUUCCUGGCAGAGAACUUCAUCUUCUCCUACAUGGGUCUGACCCUGUUUACCUUCCAGAGCCAUGUCUUUAAUCCCAUGUUCAUCGUUGGAGCUUUUGUGGCAGUGUUCCUGGGAAGAGCUGCGAACAUCUACCCUCUCUCGUUUCUUCUUAAUUUGGGACGACGCAACAAGAUCAGAUCCAACUUCCAGCACAUGAUGAUGUUUGCGGGACUGCGAGGCGCCAUGACCUUUGCCCUGUCCAUCAGGGACACUGCGACAUACGCCCGUAAGAUGAUGUUUUCCACCACUCUGCUCGUGGUGUUCUUCACAGUUUGGGUUUGUGGAGGUGGCACCACCCAGAUGUUGUCCUGCCAGCGUAUUCGAGUGGGAGUGGACGCUGAUCAAGACAAUUCUAUGAGUAUCACUGACGGCUCAGAGAGAAGAAGCACCAAACAUGAAAGUGCCUGGCUUUUUAGAAUUUGGUACAACUUUGACCACAACUAUCUGAAGCCCAUCCUGACUCACAGCGGCCCCCCUCUCACGGCCACGCUGCCUCCCUGCUGCGGCCCCCUCGCCCGCUUCCUCACCAGCCCUCAGGCCUAUGAGAAUGAGUGCCAGUUGAAGGAUGACGACUCCGACCUCAUCCUGACAGACGGUGACAUCAACCUGACCUACGGCGACAUCACAGUCAGUACAGAUGCCUCAGGUUCCCACACGAGCGGCGGUCCAGCCUUAGCUGGCGGCGCCACCUCCGAUGACUUGGACAGAGAGUUGACGUACGGAGACCACGAGCUGGUGAUGAGGGGCACACGCCUGGUGCUGCCCAUGGAUGACUCUGAGCCGCCCUUUAUGGACCCCCACCACCGCUUGAGGAUGUGAAGAUAGCCUCUCAACGCAGACCCAGAAAACCGUCCGACUCGCACUGACCCGAGCUAUCGAGCAAACGACCAGUACCUGACACUCCUUCUUUCACUCCUCCACUUUUUAUUCCCUUUUGCUCUUGCCUCAUUCCUCUUUUUUCCCCGCACAUUUCCUCACCGUUACAUUUCUCACUUCCUCUAGUGGCAAAUCACUGUCUCUACCUCAUUCUCGCUCUGCUCGUUUCCACACCUCUCUGGCAUCUGCCAUAAUUGUAAUAUAGUCUUUAUUUAUUUGCAGUUUUUUGUUUUUUUUCUUAUUCAAUUGAAAAUCUGUUUCUCUUAGUUUUGCUUAAAGCUGUGUGUCAGUCACCAUACUGUAGCAUUGCACAGAGGUCUAGCAGCAUGUGAUAGUGUGUAAAUGCAAAUGUCGCUGUACAGUAUAUCACAAAAGUACUAUAACUUUUAUCUGCAUGCUGAGGAUGCUUGCUGUUUUUCUUCGUAUGGGAGGUCGAGGGCUUUUGUAUUUUGGGUCUGACCGUGAAUGUUGCUGCCUUCUCUCUGCGCACCAGAGGCAUGCUGACCCAGUGGACAACUUUACUGUACAUUUUGUUACAAUCAAGUGCCUGGGAAUUGUAGUUUUAAGCCUGGCAACCCAUACUGGAUCAGCUCUUGGAAGCAAAGCCAGUUAAGGAUGGGCUGUAGUUUUCCUUUGUAAAAAAAAAAAGACAAAAAACUAAACAGACACCUCUGUCCAUAAGGUAGCAAUAUACUCAGUGGGUGUUUGGACUGUCAGUUUGUGCUAUUUGCCUGUAAAUAUUGUUUAACAAUGUGAUGCCACUGAUGCAGUGUAACCUGGCAGUGAAAGUUGUGGAUCUCUUCCAAUGACCUUUGACUGUGACAUAGAGAGGGACACUACACCUUAUUUUAGACGCUAAUUUUAGGGCUGUUGUUCCGAAUACGAGAUCCAAAUGAGUUUAAGCGGAGAAAGAUUAGUGCCAUUUUUGACCUGCAUCAUGACAUUUUGUGAAUACCGAAUGCAGACGACCUUAAAGUGUUUUGAAUUAUUUUUUUGCAACAGAGCUUGAGUCACACAUUUGUCAUACACAUUUAGCUUUGAGCAUACAUUUUCUAUUACAAUCAUGCAUUAAUGUUGAAACUUCUCAUUAAAUGAACCUGAAAAACACAUAGACACAUGACCUUGACUCUAAAGGAACUUGUUAGUGGUAAGAACACUAGUGAAUUUGUGAGUAAAAGUUCUGCAAAUCAGAAAAAUGAUUAUCUUUCCAAAUUAUGCAACCAAUUAUUAUUCUAUUAUCAAUGAAUCUACCAGCUAUUUUCUGUGUAAUUGAUUAAUAUAUAUAAAUAUCUUGUUUUAUCUGAUCAAUAGUUGAAAACCCAAAGAUAUUCACUUCAUAAUCAUGGAAGACUAAACAAAAAAGCAAAUGUUUACACGAGAAAGUGGACGCGGUGAACAUGAGGCAUUUCUUCUUAAAAAAAGACUUAUUCAAGUAAUCAUUUAGUCGGUUGAUAAACAGCAAUUUUGAUAAUUGAUUAAUUGUUUGAUGGUCGUAGCCCAAGAUUUCAUACAAUGAGGUCCAUAAAAUAUCAGUGAAUAAGACAGGAAGGCCACUUAAUGAUUAUUCUAAUCAAUUAAUCGCUGAUUUGAGCAGAUAUUUAUGCUGGUACUGUGGCAGUUCAUCAUUAUGAGAAAUGCCAGAAUAGAAAACAAUGGUUGGAGAUCUGCUUUUCUCUGCUCCACCCGAUAGUUUCCUUGAGGGUCAAUGGAUUGAUGGUUAAACAGGAGUAUAAUAUAUUCAGAAUUAAUUGGAUGUAUGACAUUAAACUCGUAGUCUUAUGUCAGUGUGGGUGCACAAGAAGUAACGGAAGAGUUUUGUGAGCUCCUUUGUGUGCAGAAUAUAGCAGCUGUUAAUGUGGUUAUAACAGGAAGCGUUGAUAGGUUGUCACCGUGGCAACGCAGUGUUGAUGUGGACAGAUGCCAGAAAACACUUAGAGCCCAGUUACUUAGUUGAACACAACAGUUUUGUGGUUCAUCAUCUUGGUGAGCCGAAGAAAUACAUUUUGGUUGCAUGCGGACUGGAUGCAAGAGAUGAUGAUGAUGAUGAUGAUGAUGAUGAUGAUGAUGGAGUUUCAGAAAAGAGUGAAAUAAAUAGAUGAUGACAGAGAGAAUUGGAGGACGGAUAGUUUGUGAGUGUGUUCGUGUGUUUGGCACGAUACAGAGGUGGAAGGAAGAGCAGAUCUUUAGAUAUCUCUUUUCCUUCCACGGUUAUCUUCUGCUGUGCAGGAACUUGUUAUUGAAAGUAUUCACAUUUUUUUUAUCAGGCUCUCUUCUUGACACCACAUCGUCCAGGAAAUGAUUUAUUCUUUCUACCAUUUUAUACUUUUUGUUUGUUCCAUUAUUUGAUUAUUAUUUUUGUUGAAGGAAAACAAAGGAUUGAAAAUAAGUUGAAUAGUUGAAAACUGAAUAAUUUGCACUCAUCCAUUAAGAAUGUUUUAUUGUUUGGCUAUGAUGUUUUAUCUAACAGCUGCUUUUAUAUUAUUUACCUUUUUAUGUUCUGGAAAGUCGUGGAAAAAAACGAGCAAAUUCAUGUCAGUUUAAUGAAUCUUGAAUGAUUGCUAAGUUGGUUUAUUGAUGAUUCUUUGUUAAGAAUCAAGUCCACAUUGCAGCGGCAGCCGAGAUGGUUAAGAGUCCUUUUAUACUGCUGUUUCAUCUCAUCACUUCACCA